CUAUAUAUUUCCAACCACCACCACCAGCAACUAACCAUCCAUGUCAAGAUGCAAACUUCCUGGGACCUACAGUUUCGCAAGCGCCUUCCCCGCCCACUCGGCGAGAGACCUCAUCGUCGCCUAGGCGAUACCCUCGAUUUGAAGCAGUGGCUCGCCAACCACCGACAACUACCCCUCCAAGCAGGUGCAGCAGCAGUCAUGGGCAGCAACCCCUCCACCAACGUCGUGCUCCCGCCCGAGGACCACCCCCAAGACACAGGAAACACCGAUGGGAAAGGAAUCAUCCUCUCGGACGUGCUCCCCAAGACCCGGGGCGUGAACGUCUUCGCCUCGCUGACGCGCCAGUUCGAGGCCGUCGAGGCGCGGCUCGACGACGCCGCCCACAACGUCACCGUGCUGGCGCCGCGCAACAGCGCCAUCCAGGAGCUGCCGCGCAAGCCGUGGGAGAAUCCGGAUGAUAUCGCGCGGUUUGGGGAGGCGCGGGCGUACGAGGGGAAGGAGGGCCAGGAUCGCGCCACCCGGAAUCUAGAGCGGUUUGUCAAGGCCCAUGUAGUGGGGACGAGUCCCUGGAAGGAAGGGGAGGAGGCGGAGACGUUGGCCGGGGAUAAGUUGACGUGGUCCAGAGUUGGUGAUAAGAUUCGGAUUCAACCGGGUGAUGUCGAGGUUGAUAGUAUUGCCGAGAAGGUUUCGAAUGGAGAGGUGUGGGUUCUUGAUGGAGUGAUCAAUUAUCAUUAGGUAUAGCGUCUGGCAGAAGGCUGGGAUGUAGAUACAUAUUGCGGAACGAGCGACUUUCCGCAGUGACGACCCUUCAAAGUAGUUAUGAUGAACAGCCACUAUUUUCAUGUAUUGACAUUUAGGUUUUGAUAGUAGUAUAACAUCUCUGAAAGAACAAAGUAAUUUCCUUGAUCUGCGUCAUCACAUGAAAUACGAGCUUGACAUUGUGAGCUUUACCACAGCAAAAGCAAGUCUACACCCUCGGAGAACGACCACAUUAAUAGGCUUCGCUGGAGCCAUAGUUCUGCAGGAUGCGCUCCUCAAUUCCAUCCAAGAUGCAGAAGUGCUCCAUGACCGCAAGGUUCUCCGCCUCAUUCUGAUACAUCUUAUCGGGGUCCUGACCCGGCUGGAAAGGGUUCAUGCCGGCCGCAGGGUUCAUACCAGCCAUCUGUUGAGCCAUUUGGCUGGCAGCUG